AUGGCGGGACGUCGAUUGAAUUCCUGGGCGGUGAGGAGAAUCACCCAAGAAGCUAAUCGCCUAAGACAAAAGGCAGGCUGGAUCGCAAAUAGCUUUUGUCGUGAUUCUGGUACGCCAAUCGCCAGAGCUCGUCAAACUGGGUACUCGAUCGACCAUACUCGUGAAGCCGGAAUCUUCGGUCGCCGGGUGGAGCUUCAAUCGUCGGGUGAAGCUUCAAUCGCCGGAAGGAGCUUUAAUCGCCAGGAUGUGGCGAACCUUAAAAGCGAAUUCGGGAAAGAGGGAUAG